AAUUCGCCGGUAAGGAAAGUUCCGGAAAGGAUACGGAAGUGACGACACGAGAUUACCGGAAGUAAGUUCCUUAGAGGUCACACCCAACAUGCACCGCUCGACUUACUGAGAGGUCAGGAUGGCAGGAAAGGAUCAAGCCAGAAUGGCAGCUGCAGCCUUCACAGCGGAUGAUGAGGAUUACUGGGAAGAAUCCGCAGUUUCUUCAUCCAAGAAGAACAUGUUUGACGAUGAGGAGGAGGGUUUCACUGUCCUGGGAGUCAGUGAGAACAAGGCAGCUCGUCUGUCCAGCGCGCUCCGUUCCACGGUGGGGGCGGAUGCCCUGUUUGCAGAUGAUGACAACGAUGACAUCACCUGGGAAACCUCCAGUAACAUCAGCAACAGUAGCAGUCAUGGCAGCAUCACGUCAGCAGACUACCGUUCUGCACGGUACACCCCACCUACAAACAGGAGCGGCUCUCUGUCAACCAGCAGCAGCAGCAGAAGUACUGCAGCAACAGUCACAUUAGGUACUUCACAGGACAAUUCCCUCAGUGUGCAGUUUAACAAACCAAAAAUGACCAGAAGUGAACCCAUGUCCCUGGAAGAUGCAAUCGUAGAUGUCCCAGCCAAGCAGGUCACAGCUACAGAAGUCUCCAAACUGGAAACAGAGAUUCAGUUUCUCAGAAGACAAGUUCAGCUGGGAGAAAGGGCAAGAUGGACAUCACUGCCUGUGAAGGAAACAAUCAAAAGAAUAAUUCUAGGACAGCCGUAUUCCCUGGAAGCCUACAAGUCCCUCCAAGACAAACUUGCCCUGCUGGAUGCUGCUAUCAAGAUGCAUGAUGGAGAUGCCAUCACCAUUACUGUCCUGUUCUUGAAGAAAACUGUCAGGAAAAGUAUUUUCCAGCAGGAGCUGAUUAAGAGACCAGUUGCUAUCAACCACCUCAUCCACUUCUUGUGGUGUCACUAUGAUCUGGAUGAACUGGAGGAGCUUUACAAAAUGUUACGGAGGAUGGAAGAUGUUUUCGUUCUGAAGUACAAGCAGGCUCUAGCCCCCUCCAAAGCAGCUGGUAGGGCACAGAGUAUUGCAGCAGUUGUCAGGUCUUUCCAGCAUGAUUCUUCUUUAGCCCCAGACUCCACCCUCCUCCUAGAACAGUGUACUCUCCUACAGAGGCAACUUCAGAUUGAGGAAGAAGACAAGAAGAUAGCAGCUGGAGGAAAGCAUCCAGUGUUCAAGGACCAUCCUCCCAAGGCUCAACUUCCCCUGACCCCCCUGACUACCACCCUGUACUACUGCAGCUUCUAUCAUUACAAUGAGUCAGAUUCAUCCUUGUCCAGCCCUCUAUCCAUCAAGAGAGACUUCCAGAUGUCUGACAAACAGUACACAUGGUCUGCUCUGAAUGCCUUGGCCAAGCUGCACAGGUGGAAGGAGAUUGAAGCCCUCCUGACUUCAAAGAACUGGUUUGGAGGCACUAAGAUGAAGGCCUGUAUAGGUUUUGAGAAGGUUGUGGAGAUUCUGAGUAAGCAGAAGGCACCUGUGGAUAUCCUGAGCAAGUACCUCGCCUACAUUGAGGACCCAAAUGAGAGACUGGCCCUUGCAGCAAAACACAAGUGCCAUAGAAUUGUUGUAGAUACACUGAUUCAGCUGAAGGACCGUGCAGCUUUAGAAGACUACAGACUAAAGACUCCCGACUACAGUCUGGAGAGGCAGUAUCUAAUUACUGCUCUGAACAACUCGCAAGUCAAAUGGAAGAACUGACAACCAAACCAGAGAUUACAAAAGUCAUUCAAUGUGAAUAAAAACCGGCAGAACUACAGUCUAUGUGUUCAGGUGACAUCAACAGCAGAAUCUCUGAGGUCUAAUUACUGAGGCUAAUGAUGAGAUGUGGGUACAUGUGUUGUGUAUAUUGCUCUGUGGUACCAUAUCCCUGAAAGCACUUGGAAGAAAUUUAAUUGGCUCCCCCUGAGGUCUGAUUAGUGGGGACCAAAUAUCUACAUACAGGCCAGUAGCGCUAUGCCAUGCUUACUGAAAUGUACAUAAAGAGCUGAACACAAACACAAGUUGUCUAUAACU